AUGGAUUCAGCUUACCUUCAUGAACGUUAUUUUGAAAGAAGUGAAGAAGGCUGUGGUGAUGUCCCGACUGGAGUCGAUAUUUUAAGUAGCUGCAAUGAAACAGAAAAGAAUUUCUCUGGUGACUCACUCAUAAAAAUGAGGGCACAAUGGGCAGAGGAAUUAAAACAGGUUGAAGAUGAGAUACAAACGCUAAGACAAGUGCUUGUAUCUAAAUUCCGUCGUCAGCAAUUCUUAAAACGGCAACUUGGAAUUACACCGAUUGGAGAGCUGAAGAGUGAAGUAAAACAAGGCCUUGAUACUUUGCGAACCAGUGACGCAUAUCUUAAAACAUCAGCUGUCGUAAAAACUGCAAAGGAUAAAACAUCAGCUGUAUUAUUCGAAAAAUGGAAUCUAUUACGCCAGUCGAAUGCUUACAAAUCUUUGGAGAGUAAAGUUGGUUCGGCAUGUUCCAAUGUAUAUCUUACUAUCCCAUUCUCUAAUACGGGCAUCGGUACUGGUUCUUUCUUAUUAGGAAAGUUAACACGUUCUACAACAUUUUCAGGUGACAAUGAAGCUGCUCGUAACAUUCAGGCAACUAGUACAAAUUUAUUGAAUGAGAGUAAUCCAAUAGGUGAUAAUAAUGAUAUCCUUUUAUCAAUGAAUUCAUCAUUCCAUAGUGAUUAUAAAAAUAAUGGUGAUACAAAGUUAUUGGUCUUCAAGAUGAUCAAGACUGUACACAAUUGGAUAAUUUAUUUGAUGAAGAGGUGGAGAUGCUUUCAGAGAGAGAUGAUAGAAAAAAUUGAAAUUUUAUGGUAGUUCGCUGAUUGGUUAGUCCUUACUCUUUUUUUGAAUGCCUCAAUUUGUGGACAAGGUCAUAUUUCAUGUGUACACAUACUCACAUGUUUUUGGAUUUGUUAAUUGAAUAUAAACUCUAUCAUCAUUCAGCUUCGGUCUUCUCUAUUCGUCCCGGGUCGCAGUCGGUGGCCCGAUGAAUUCAGUUGGGAUCAGUAUAUUUUACACAAUCUAUUUUUGCAAUCUAUCUAUCUAUCUACUGUCGCAAUUUCGCAAUCUUAUAUUCUAAUUCUCACGAUGGUUUGUUCUCUUUCUUUUAAUUUUGGAGAAUUUUCCAUUAUAUAAUUUUUAUAAACAUGACACAUUGUUGUACCGCC